AUGGGUUGUGCCGCUAAUAAACAAGAUAAAGGUAUUUAAGCAAUAUACAGAGAAAAGACAUGGCCGAUAAUCCAUUUUUUGUAGGGCCUUCCUUAUUCAUUAAUUUAAAGGGUGGAGAUCUUUUAAAACAUUACAGAAUAGAGAAACACCUAGGAAAAGGUAUUAAUUUGUAAUGAGACUAGGUGCUUAAGGGGAGGUUAAUUUAGUUGUUCAUUUGAUGAGUGAACAAAAGAGAGCAAUGAAAAAGAUUAUAAAAUCUCAGAAAAUAAAUGAAAAACUUAUAGCGAAUGAAUGCUAAAUCAUGAUGUAUUUUGAUCAUCCAAAUAUUGUGAAAAUAUAUGAACUGUUUCAGGAUAGCUCGCAUUUUUAUAUUGUUUAUGAAUAUUUAAGUGGUGGAGAAUUACUUGAAUUAUUGAAUAAGAAAAAGGAGUUGAAAGAGCAGCAAAUUGCUAAUUAUAUCAAAUAGGUAUUGGAAGCAUUAAAUCAUUGUCNUGGAUUAUUGGAAGUUCAACCAAUGUAACUCCAAGAUAAGUUAUAAACAGAGAAGUUGUUUAAUUUGACAAAUAUUUAUUAUAAUGCAUUUAACUUGAUUAAUAUUUAAAGGAAUUUAUUGAAACCUAUGCUCAUCUUCACAUAGGCCAUGAUAGGAUGUUAUAAUCUUUUUCAAAAUUUGACUUAAAUAGAUCAAAAAAGAUUUAGCGAAAAGAUUUAAAUUAUAUAAAGUAGGUUUUAAAAAAUGAGGCAUUGAUUCUCAGUAUUUUACACUUUAGUGAAUCCAAAACCACCUUUGUUUAUGAAGGUAUUAUAUACUCUUAUAAAGUUAGAGUGUCUUUAAUAAUGGGAAUAAAAUAUAAUUUAAUAAAAAGUAGAAAGUCUGAAGUCUUGUUUUCCUAAUUAGGAGGUCAAAAAAUCCCAAGUUAUUAACUAUUUAUAGCCAAGAAAGAAGAAAUAUGAAGAUGGAUUAAUCUUAAGUGACAAUUCUUAGAUGAUUACGAAUCUAACAAAAGAUAUUUAUUAGUUUGAUGAAUUUAUUUUAGAAGUUGAGAAAGGAAUUAAGGAAAAGGCAAAAUACUUUAUUAAGAACCAAAAAGUUUUUAUUAAGUCAGAGGAAAUUUAAUAGGAAUUUAAUCAAUUAUUGAAUAUUUUAAAAUCCGAUUAAGAAUACUAGUCUAAUAAAAUCCAGUAAAAUGGGAUCAAGCAAAUCUAACAAAUUUUAGGAUAGAAUAUUAUGCUGAAUUUAGUAUUGUAAAAAGAAAUAAUAGAUCACUUAGAAUAGUUUGAGAAAUAGGAUUAAUAAAAGAGAUACAAAUAAUUAUUAAACUAAAUGAUGAAUAAAUUAUAAUGA